AUGGUGACGAUCUGUGUCUAUAAUGCACGUGCACUUGCAUCCGAGUUCUUGAUAGAAGACAUGCAAGCGAGAAGGAUAAGGUACGACGUCAUCGGCCUGGCUGAGACGAAGCGGCGCCACCCAUUCAACGCCGUCUAUGACACCGGGGAAGAACUGUUCCCCGCAACAUGCGACAGUGGAGGAGUCGGCGGCGUCGCCGUUCCCGUCAACACGAGUUUGUCCAUGAACAUCGAUUCAUUCGAAUAA